CAGAGAUCGAAUCAGUUGAUCGAGAAGAGACCUACCAAGUGGAAGUUGGUCUGAAAUGAUUUUUUGCGGAAAUUCGGGAUUCGGGAUGAUCCUGGUCCUGGUCGGGGCCAUGGCCUUUACCAGUGACCUCUCGCUGGUGAGCGGUCAAACGGUGGCACCACUGGUGACCUCAACGGUGAAACCCACAAGUGCACCCAAAAUGGAGGUCACUCCCACCAAGGCAAUGAUUAUCAAUGCCCCUCCCAGCAAGCAGAAAAAGGUUCCUGAAAUGAAACAGGAGCCUCUGGUGAAGGCCAAGGAUGGCGCCAAGCCCCUCCAGGUCACUGGAUUCAUCACCAAGUCGGGAAACAUCUACGAGAUCGAGGAUAAGCGCGGCAUGGGCGCCAUCGAGGGACGCCAGGCUGUCGAGGAGAAGCAGGCCGACCAGAUCGUCUGCAACUACGGCAACGUGGUCAUCUACAGCGAUGUGCCCUGCGACCAGGUGACCAAUGUCCGUGUAGGAGAGAUCAAGCAGAUCAAGGACGGCAAGGUUGAGAGCCCUGUGAGCAGCACCACCGAGAAAAAUCAGGCUGAGGAGGACAAGGAACAGGAUGAGAUGCAGGAACAGGAUCAGAAUGAGGAGGAGAACCAAGAGGAGGAGGUCCAGCAGACCAAUCAUCCCAGACAGCAGCCGCAGAACCAGAAUCGCCGACGUCGCCGUCGUCCCGGACAGAAGCAGCAGCAGCAGCAGAGGCUGCAGCAGCAGCGACGUCGCCAGCAGCAGCAGCAGAGGCGUCGACGCGUCAACGGAAACGGAAAUGGCAGUGUGGUGGUGAGACGUCGUCGCAAUCGCAACAACAACAAGAACAACAGCAAUGGCGGCCAGCGUCGCGGUCAGCAGCAGCAGAGGCGUCGCCGUCCCAACAACAACAACAACAAUAGGCGUCGCAAUGGCAACAACAACAACAACAACAAUAGAAGACGCAACCGUCCAGAACAUAGACGUCGCAUCAUUAACGUCAACCGCCCGGGGCAGCAGAGGCGUGGCACUCGCCAGGGCAACAACUGAAAAGGGGUCAAGGGUCACUCGAUCACCGGGAUAACAGAACAAGAAAAUUUUAACGAAAAUGGGCUUAAAAAUAAAUAAUAUAUAAAAAAUAUUCAAGAUCGAUAUAUUUAUUUUCAAAAUAAACUUGCAU